UGAUCAUGGAGUAUCCCAACUUUAAACGAGGCCCAUAACUUCAGCCCCUAUCUUUUAAGUCUUUACUAUCUUCAACUGCCAUUUCCUCGGAGUUCAGUGGCUUGCGCCACCGUACGGCAAUCUUCUUUGAUGUUAAAACCCUUUGUAUACCCUUCCAUCUCCGGCUGCCACCAUGCAACCGUCUCCAUCCUUGAUUACUGGCCCUAUCAGAACUCUAACGACCACCGCCCGACCUUCCACGAUCAUCAUCCAAGCCUACCAGCACCAGCAACCCAAUUCAAAGUUCAAUGGUAUUUUUGGUUAUAGAGCCGACCUUGUUGGUGGUUGUGGCCGUAGAUUUCCUGCUUGUGCAAGUCCCAGCUCAGGGCCUCAAGUUCCGGCUGCUUCUGCUCCUUUUGUCCAAUCCGAUGUAGGCGCUGCGUCUCGGACGUCGGCACUGGAAAAGUUGGAUACUGUCGAGGAGGGCCUAGAAAAGGCCAUUUAUCGAUGCCGAUUCAUGGCGUUUUUGGGCGUCUUAGGGUCUUUAAUUGGGUCUGUACUCUGUUUCGUCAAGGGGUGCGUUCAUGUGGCAGCAUCUUUAUCAGAAUAUUUUGUAAAUCGUGGAAAAGUGAUUAUGUUGCUAGUUGAGGCCAUAGAUGUUUAUCUCUUAGGAACUGUGAUGCUAGUCUUUGGCACGGGUCUCUAUGAACUGUUUAUCAGCAAUCUUGGAAGUGCACGGUCAUUUUCAGAGAGAGGCGUUUUGCAUAGAUCCAACUUAUUUGGCUUGUUCACUUUAAAGGAACGACCUAAAUGGAUGAACAUAACAACCGUAAAUGAGCUGAAAACAAAGCUGGGGCAUGUCAUAGUAAUGCUGCUUCUAAUUGGGUUUUUUGACAAGAGUAAAAAGGUGGUCAUUCAAUCUCCAGGUGAUUUGCUUUGCUUGGCUGUUUCAAUAUUCCUUUCCUCUGCUACCUUGUUUUUGCUCUCUAAACUAACCGAAUGAAAUUAAUUAGUAAUAAGUUAUGUAAAAAUAUAAAAAUAUAAUACUUUUUUUUCCCUUUUUUGGCCUUCCCUCUGAAAACGGUUGAAACCAGAAAUGUUCUUGUAAAUGGGUGCUGUAAGAAGAUGUUACUAGUGUAAA